AUGUCGGCGACGAAGACAGUCAACCUUAUUUUUUGUGUUCUUUCUUCCUAUUUAUUUGUUGCACUGAUUGGUAAGCGCUUGCAGUCCGAUACAUUUACACAAGGAUAAUAUCUUCCAGAAGGUCGAGCUUUCGGACAGCGUGUCGAAUACCAGUACGAGUUUGAUCCAAAAAGAGAUACUCAUCCGAGAGUUCACGUGAAAUUCGGUGAGCUCAUACAAACGCGAUCACUUUCAAAGCGAGCUCAUUCCAGAUGAUGUCACCGAUGAAGCCGAACUCAUGCGGAUCUUCAACCAUAGAAAGUCCUCAGAAGUUCGAAAAUCACCGUCGAGAUACGAGGUUUUCAGAACUUCUCUCUUUUUCACUCUUCUUUUUUCUUAACCAAACGCCCGACUUGAACUUACAGUACUCCCAAUCGCCGCCGCCAUUCUUUGACGAUGACAACCAAAGGUUUAUGGUGCCGUAUGACGAGAUGGAUAAGGGGAACCGAGAGGCCGGGUGAGUGAGAAACGGAAAAAAGUGGGGAGAAAGGGAAACAAGUUCAGAUGGCGGAACGUUCCUUUCGGCGAGAACCUGGACUGGCAUCGGGAAUUCCUGAACUUGCCUAUUCACAAGUUUGUCCAACCUGAGUCACAAGACGACCUUGCCGAACAGAUGGCAUCGUUUCUCCGUCGUCAAUCUGAAUUCAUUCUUUCCCGCCAUUUUCCUGCUAUUCCACGUCAUCGAUUCUCAGAUCCACCUGAGUUUAUGGUCACUCCGAUGACUCCAAAAUUAAAGUUUAACUUUUAA